CCACAAACCAGAUCGUGCCCCUCCCUCAUUUAAAACCCUUCCGUAACCCCCAUUGCAUCCCGCUAAGAUGAGAUUUUGGGGUUCUCACCCUGCCGACCUCGCUGCUCUCCACUUAGCUACUUGCUCAGUGCAUUCCGGCUACAGUGACUUCCUUGAUGAUGUAAAAUGUAGAGAGUAAGCUCUAUUAACCCCCAGGCCUUUGCACUUGCUGUCCACCCUCUCACCCCCGCAUCUGGAACUGCUCUUUCUCCGAACCUUUGUGUAACUGUCUCCUUCCCUUUAUUGAGGGCUCAGCUCCAAUGUCACCUGGUGGGAGAGACCUUCCUGACUAUAUGUUAUUUACAGUAGCUGCCUCCUCCAGUCUUUUUUAUCACACGUUCCUGUUUUAUCAUCUUCAGUGAUUACUCAUAGACAUUAUCUUCUUCAUUCGUUGUGUGCUGUUUAUUUUGUGUCUUGCCCACUGGACAGCACAGGGCAGAGCCUUGAUCUCAUUCAUCACCGUCUUUCCAGGGUCUAGAACAGGUCCUGGAACAUAGUAAGUGCUCAACCAAUCCGUGUUUGCUCAAUGUCAAGUUUGAGUACCCGUGUCUAACUGUGUCCAUGUGUCCAUGUGUAGGCGGCUGCCCCCCUGCACAUGUGUGCACAUAGGUGUGGUCUAUAGGGUAUGAAUAACCCCCUUCUUUUCUCCGUGUUUGCCCCUACCCCCACCCUCUUCUUGAUUCUGCUCCCUUCCUCUCUCCCCUGCCCAAAUAUCCAGAAAUUAUUCCAAAGGAGGAAGGGUAGGAGGAUGAUUUAGUUGGCCUCUGUCUAACCUGUGCCCACUCUGAGCUCCCCCCUCAUCCAGACUCCCCUCCACCAAACUAACCAGAGCCUUGUCAGUGACCCACUGCAUGCCCACUAAAGAGGGACGAGGGGAAGCUGACGUUGGGGGACUCAAGACAGAGGCUGGCCUGGCCCAGAUGACAAACAGGAAGUACACAGGCAUCCACAGGAGACACACCUGGUGUUCCGAUGUGGAAGACUGAGGACUGUUGAAAAUACAGAGUUCAGCCCCUGCACCCUCUGCCCCCAAGAGCUCCAUGCAGGUGCAACAGGAUGGAGAGGACUUUGCCAGCCAGCCCUGGUACCACGGCCCCCUGUCCCGUCAGAAGGCUGAGGCCCUCCUGCAGCAAGAUGGGGACUUCUUGGUUCGAGCCUCCAGGUCCCGGGGGGGCCACCCAGUGAUCUCCUGCCGCUGGCAGGGCUCAGCCCUACACUUCGAGGUGCUCCGUGUGGCUCUGCGUCCCCGGCCAGGCCGGCCCACAACUCUCUUUCAGCUGGAGGAUGAACGUUUCCCAAGCCUGCCCUCCCUGGUUCGCAGCUAUGUGACCGGGCAGCGUCCACUGUCCCAGGCCACAGGGGCCGUGGCCUCCAGGCCUGUGAUACGGCAAGGACCCAUUCGACGCAGCUUUAGUGAGGACGCCCUCCUAGGGAGCCCAGCUUGGAUAGAGUUGCCCAGGGCUAGGAAGCGGAGUGACAGUCAGCCCGCAGGCUUGGAGCACAUGGGGGGGUCAAGAGAAGACCACCCUGGACCAGGAGCCUCCGCUGUGCCCACAUGUGCCCUCCCUCGGAUGGGUAGUGACCCCAUGUUGCUGAAGACCCCAGCUCCUCUGGGGUGCGUUGUUGACAGCCUCAGGGCCUCCGAUGGGCAGCUUCAUGCCAAGGCACCCACCAAACCACCUCGAACACCCUCACUGUUGCUGCAUGAUGCAUCUGGACGCCCCCCAACAUACUGUGAGCUGGUGCCCCGAGUGCCCAGUGCCCAAGGAACCCCCCCAGACCACAGUGGCCCAGAGACAGAGGCCCCACCAUGGUGGGAAGCCAACGAAGAGGAGGAGGAAGAGAACAGAAGUUUUGCAAGACCAAAGGCCGAGGUCUCUUUCUGGCCCCCUAACAACCCCUUCUGCCUCCUGGGCCCCCAGAAUCGGCCCCUGGAACCCAAAGUCCUGAGUACUCUCCGUGACCUAUUCCUGGAGCACCAUCCUGGGAGCACGGCCCUGCACCUAUUAUUGGUAGACUGCCAGGCUACAGGCCUCCUAGGAGUGACCAAGGCUCAGCGGGGUGCCAUGGGGGUCGCCUCUGGCCUGGAGCUGCUCACACUUCCCCAUGGGCAUCGCUUGAGGUUGGAACUUCUGGAGAGACAUGAGGCGCUGGCGCUGGCGGGGGCGCUGGCCGUGCUGGGCUGCGCGGGGCCGCUAGAGGAGCGCGCGGCCACCCUAAGGGGCCUGGUGGAACUGGCAUUGGCGCUGCGGCCGGGGGCGGCCGGGGACCUGCCUGGACUGGCCGCGGUCAUGGGCGCUCUGCUCAUGCCCCAGGUGUCCCGGCUGGAACGCACGUGGCGCCAACUCAGAAGGAGCCACACCGAUGCUGCGCUGGCCUUCGAGCAGGAGCUGAAGCCGCUGAUGCGGGCACUGGAUGAGGGCGCCGGACCUUGCGAGCCGGGCGAGGUGGCGCUGCCGCACGUGGUCCCCGCCGUGCGCCUGCUGGAGGGCGAGGAGCUCCCGGGGCCGCUGGACGAGAGCUGCGAGCGGCUGCUGCGCACCCUGCACCAGGCGCGUCAGAUGGCCCGGGACGCGCCCAAGUUCCGUGAGGCAGCGGCCCGGCGCCUACGAGGAUUCCGGCCGAACCCGCAGCUGAAGGAGGCCCUGACCACAGGCUUUGUGCAGAGGCUCCUCUGGGGAAGCCGAGGCGUGGGGGCACCGCAAGCCACACGUCUCGAGAAGUUCCAGUGCGUCCUCAGUGUCCUUUCGCAGCGCCUGGAGCCGGAUGUUUGAAAGCACAGACCCCCUUCUUCACACUGGGACACCCAGGAUUUGGGGAACCCCGCAGACACCAAGGAAGUUGCCCCAAGCUGUUCACAUAGCCAAUCGCAGUGGGAACCCACAUUCUGCCUCACAGAUUUGCAAAAACCCAUACUGUAUCCCUAAAAGUGUACAUGAAUCCUAGGGUGAGGGACAGCCUCCUCCCCCACGCUAGAAAAUCCAGGUGUCUGGAGGCCCUAUCCCACCUCCCACCCACACACACCUAUCUUACAAACAGGCAACAUGAGGCUUUUAAUGGCAAGAGAACUUGCAGAGAUCUCUUACUCAGAAGCCAGAGUUCAAAUGCUUUUUAAGAGCUGUGUGACUUCUCGCAAAUGGCUCAAACUGUCUGUGCUUGCCUUCAACGUAAAAGGGAGGCUGUGUACUUUCUAGGGGUUUUCAUGGGGGAUUAAAGCUGUGUUCAAGUAUCAUGGGUGGAGAAUGCCCGGUACACAGCAGGUGCUCAACACUGCCUUUUCUCAUAAAGCUGCGGUAAACACAGAAAGGAUGUUUGGUGCUUUUCUUCCUAUACUGAAGUCACAGACAAGC